AAAUGCAACGAUGGUUGGCAAACGUUUCAGUCAGCGUACAAAAUACAUGCACGGAAGUCAAUAUUACUCAUAAUUGUGGACAGUAUUGUGAUAAAUUGCAAAAUGGGCAAAAUUUCUCUUCUUCUGCUUGCUGUAUUCGGAUACUUGGCACUAAGCGGGGUGGUCGGGGACGUAAUCGUAUGCGAAGAUUCAACGGUCUACUUGUCAUGUCCCGAGGGCCAACAAAUAGCGGUGUACAACGCCAACUACGGGAGGACCAGGAAUGCAACCAUCUGCCCCCAUCCGCAAAUCAAAAGCCUAAGCUGCUUCUCGUCUGGUUCCUUCACCAUAGUCAAGGACAGUUGUAACGAGCAACAGGAAUGCAUUUUGAAUGCAUCAAACUCGGUGUAUGGAGAUCCGUGCGUCGGCACGUUCAAGUACCUGGAGAUUCAGUACACAUGCAUCUCUGCAUGAAAAACAUGAUGGCAUUGAAAAUAACUUGAUUUGAACUUUAUCUUUUUGUUUGUUUUAUUCUUUGUUGGACUAAAACAACAACUUUAAAUAUGAAGCUAUAUGAACUAUUGCUUACUGUAAAAUGUGAUAAUGCAAAUAAAUAUACAACUGGC